AUGUCGUCUAACAAGCGGCAUUCUAUGCUGCCCGCCGUCUCCAACCAAGGCCCGCGACCUCCAGUCAGCUUCUCGUCAUCUCUCACCGUUGCCGAUAGCGCCAUCCUCGUCGGAACACACUCGAUCACGAUCCAGUCAGAAAGCGUAUUGCACCCACGAUCGAAGCUUGAAACCACGAACGGCAGCAUCCUCAUUGGUCGGAGGUGCAUCAUUCAUGAGCGAGCUCAUAUUGGUGUAGUUGGUAAUGACGACGCCAGCGGAGGCAUCUCGCUCGGAGACUACGUGACGGUAGAGGUUGGCGCCAUCAUUGAAGCUGGGGGCACAGAUAUUGGAACAGACACGGUGGUUGGGGUCCGAUCUCGGAUCGGAAACGGCGCCGUCAUUGGCAAGAACUGUACGAUCUCACCUUUGACGGUCAUCAAACCUGGCGAAAAGGUUCCGGAUUUCACAGUGGUCUACUCGAAUGGACAAAGACGGACGGACAGGCGAGGAGUCGCAGACUUGAGGCAUAAGGCGCAGGCGCGGCAGAUUGAUGUGCUUAGGAGAUUGAUACCCAACAAGGCCGAGAAAUGGCUGAGUUAA